CCUACGUACACCCCCUGACUGGUAUCGAUUCGGACUCCCUCAUCAAUUUGUCCCUAACAAUGAACUAAGAGUCCUCCUGGCUGUGUCAACUAUCGAGCAUGGCUCAAACACUCGCCGCAGCCGGACAAAACCUUGAGCGGCGCACAGUCGUGUCGGUCCUCCUAUUCCCCCAUCAACCAUACGCCACCAAGCCCUAUAGAGUCCUUCUAUUCCGCCGUUCUGACAAGGUCAGCACGUAUCGGAGGAAGCUUGCGCCCAUUGCCGGGUCGGUCGAGACAUAUGACAAGUCCCCUCUCCAUGCCGCCUGGCGCGAACUGAAAGAAGAGACUUCCUUCGGCCCCCAGCAGAUUGAGCUAUGGAGACGAGGUGCCGGGUUCGAGUUCACGGAUCAGAAAGUCGUGGUGGUCGGCGAAGGUGAGCGCCAGGUCAAGGGGCGCAUCUGGAAGGUCUGGCCGUUUGCGUUCCGCCUGACCAAGGAGACCGCCGACUACGACAACGACGUCGAGAAGCUGGGCCUCCACAUGAACUUUGAGCACCUAGGCUGCCAGUGGCAGCGUGUCGACGACGUCCUCAGUGGCAAGAUCUUGGAUGAUUGCGUGCCCAGACUGGAGGUGACGCUCGGGCAGGUCUGGGUCGACCCCGACAGCAUCUUAUUCCAAGGACUCGAAGAACUCCGACUGGACCAUUCACACGGUGCGAGGGAAUUGGCCACUAUGGCGGUAAAGUCAUUGAUCAAGAUCGUCGAACAUGACCAGCAGACGCAGCGAUCCCGAGACGCCAAUGAGUGGUGGAAGGGAUUUCAACGCCAGGCAUUCCAUCUCGCCUUCAACGGACGACCAAGCAUGGCGGCGGCGAUAUCCAAUGCCGUUGCUAUGGCCCUGAAAGAAGCAAAGGCUCACAUCGACCCUCCACUACCAGACUUCCUCGACAGAGUCAGACAAAGCCUUGAGGCCUCUGUCGCUAAACGAGGCGACAUAUCCAAACAAGUGAGUCACCAGUUCUCGAAAUUCCUACAGGAGAAAUUCGGCUCCAGUGCUCAGGCCCACGCAGGUGAGAAGGGGCGGGUCAAAAUUCUGACCCUGAGUUUGUCUUCGACUAUCAAAGCUGCGGUCCUACAUGCCCUCGAUGCCGACGAGUCGUUGUCGAUGGAACUGCACAUCCUCGAAUCCCGCCCCUUGAAUGAAGGCGCGAAUUUUGCCAAGGUAUUGACGGAAGAAGCCCAGAGACGCCGUGAUGCUGGCACCACAGGUUCCCCCAUUGACGAUCGUCUGCGGAUAAUUCUCGCGAGCGAUGCCUCUGUCGGCGUACUAAGCAAGGACAUCGAUCUCGUCGUUAUCGGUGCCGAUCGCAUUUCAGAAGCGGGUGACGUGAGCAACAAGACGGGCUCUCUGGCAGCCGCCCUGGUCAGCAAAGCAGUCACGAGUGGCAAGGCUGCAGUGGUAUGCAUCAGCGAAAGUGAGAAGAUUGCCACUCCCGGAGCGGCGGAGGAUCAUCCGGAAGAGGACAACGACACGACCGAGCUCACCAGCAGCUGGGAGAUGUUACGGCAGCAGUCCUCCUCCCCUCUAUGGGAUAAAAUGGUGACUGUGCGCAACGUCUACUUCGAAUGGGUGCCCGCGCAACAAAUCGACUACUACGUCUGUGAGGAUGGCACGCUGUCGACCCAGGAUAUCCGUCAGAGAUCGCGGCGGAUAUAUGACAUGAUGAACGAGGUUUUUACCGUCGAACAGGGACUGAAUAUCUUUGAAUCGUCUGGCCGUUGAGCGGCAGGGCGGGCACGUUGAACGCUUUCUUGAACUGACGGGGAAUCUACACUACCUUUCUCCUCUUACAAAUAUAGACAGGACCAUAAAAUUUUCAGCUAGGAAACUCCGGAUACAGGCUAGACUGUAGUGUUUCUAUACUCUGGCUGCAAUACUAGCGAUGAAUCUCUCUUGUAGCGCAGGUUUGUAUACCUAUCUACCAGGCUGGAGCGAAUGCCUUUAAUGCUCUGCUUUG